AUGACCCUCCUUAGGGGUGUCGGGCGAUGUUCGGGGCGCAUUCUCAGAUUUGCAAGUCGAAGGGGACAGGACUCUUCUGAUCCAGCAGAAGGCAAGGAUUACUAUACUAUCUUGGGAGUCAACAGACAGGCCAGCCGAUCGGACAUCAAAAAGGCAUAUUACAAACUAGCCCGGAAAUAUCAUCCAGACUCAAACCCAGACCCAUUGGCGAAGAAAGUGUUCGAGCAGGUGUCGGAAGCCUACAAGGUGCUGCGCGAUGAUCUGUCCCGCGCUGAAUAUGACCAGGACGCUGCGUGGGAGGCGGCGAGCCACGAUGAUUAUGCGGAGGAAACAAAAGACAAGUACGAAAAAAUAUUCCACGAGUACAGUCCUUUCGAGAAAAAUCCCCACGCAGAAUGGAUAAAAGGAAUGAACUUCAACCAAACGCAGUCCGAUUUCAUUCCCUUGUCGGCGCAAAAAGUAACGCUCAAAAUUACGUUCCAAGAAGCAGCAAGGGGUGGUAGCCGUCGCGUGCGUGUGCGACUUAGAGAUGAGUGCGACGAGUGCCAAGGAUCUGGAGCUGACCUAGACUCGACGAACGCGCAUGUUCUGCAGUGUCCACGCUGCGGCGGAACGGGCAAAGAGUUCAUCCGCGCUGGACCGAUCUCGACGAAAGCGACCUGUCACAAAUGCCACGGGAAGGGAUCCUUUGCAACGCAUAAUUGUGCAGUCUGCUACGGGAAAGGCUGGACUGUUCAGAUUAAAACAGUGACGGUGGCGAUUCCCGAAGGAGUGUUCGAUAAUGAGACGGUCAAAUUAAUGAUUGGCGAUCAAUUCAUUUUCGUCACAUUCGAAAUCAUGCCCGAUCCAAUCUUUUCACGGGACAAGUUCGAUGUCAUGCAGACAGUGCAAGUGCCGCUCUCCAAGCUUCUGCUAGGCGGGCAGAUCAGAGUACACGGAAUGCAGGAAGAGACUUUUAUGCGUAUGACGAUUCCCGAGUGCACUCAACCAGAGACGCUUUUGCGCUUGGCGAAUCAUGGAAUCAAAGACCCACUUUCCGGCCAGCACGGCGAUAUGCUCAUAAAGGUUAAACUCGACGUUCAAAAGAAUCUUACAGCGAGACAAAAAGCGGCCUUGGAGCAGUUCUCAAAAGACGACGACUACUCGGGCUCAGUCUUUGGGGCACUUAGAACGGGAGAAUAUCAACCGCGUAUAGAGAAGUCUGAGACGAACAGCUGA